AUGGCCGAUAACUUUGAAAAACUCAAAAAUGAUAAAGUGCUUCAAGUCAUGGCCAGUGAAGUUCAAGCAAUUUGUAGUGAAAAAAGUUUUGAAGAAAUUCUUGUAGAUCUUCACAAAACGCGAAAUGUGGAAGUCACGAUCAAUCGUAUUUUUGAUGGGAAGUUUCUUGAAGGGACGCGUUUUGAUACUUUGAAAAGGUCAACAUUUUCAUUUCCUAUUCAUUUAUUAGAUGAGAAAGAUGCUGCAUCAUGCAAACAUAAGGUCCACGUGUCAAAUCAAGAAAAUUUAAUUAUUAUUGAUGAUAUAGUUCAUCAGAGAUGCAGUAAUAAGGAUAACAUAAACCAAAAACUGAAUGAAGAAAUCAACAGGGUUAAGGAAGCCGAAAAAUUGGAAAGAAAAACUCAAAAAGAACAACAGAGAUUAGAACGUAAAAAACAAAAGGAGGAACGCGAGGUUGAAAAACAAAGACUCAAGCAAAUUCAGGAAGUUAACAAGAUUAAGUAUGAUAAAUUCGAAUUGUGUCGAGAGUUGAUACUUGACGUUUCAAAUAAUUUAUCAGAAAAAAAUCUUGUUGACUAUUUUCGGGACAAUCCAAAGUAUUCAUUAUUAACUAUCAACAUCUUUCAACACGAUUUUCCUAAUAUUAUUAAAUGGCGGAGAAAAUUUACUGUGGAAUGGGAUGAUGAACUUUACGCUUUCAUGCCAAUUCCAGAAAAGAUUCAAGAAGAGUCAUUUUUAUUGAUUUAUUUUGAGAUUUCAGAAUUCACCAAGCUUAUUAAAGAGGAUAUCUUAUCCAAUAAUAUCAAUAAAAUUCAAGAAACUUUUAUUAGCAAGAGACUAAUUAUAUUAAUUGAAGGUUAUGAAAGUUAUUGUCGCAGGAGAAAAACACAAGUCAAUCGAAAUUUCACCAAUGCUGUUCGGUCAGAAGAGUUGUUGUGGUUACAAGUUAUUGCAAAAUGUUUAAUUGUUCACACGAAAAAUAUUCAGGAUACAGCAGAAAUGAUAGGCAUUCUCUCGGCUGAUAUUGCAACUAUACCAUACAAAAAUCGUAAUUGCGAUUUGAACUUUUGGGCUGAAGGUCAAGUACGAUCUGGAACCGAUUCUAGCAACACUUGGUUACGCAUGUUACAAGAGAUUCAAUUUGUGACCGAGCCUGUGGCUAGAGGGAUCAUAAAUGCAUAUCCGACUGUCAAAUCGUUAUACAACGCAUAUCAGAGAUGUCUCACUAGAGAAGAAGCAGAAAAUCUUUUGACAUCUGUUGAGAAUCGUCACCAUAAUUAUUCUCAAGAGUUGGAAAAUUUAAUAGUUGUCAACCAAAGUUCCAGUGAACUAGAACGAAUUUUUAAUUUCAUUGAACAACAUCAAGAACUUAUGAGUUCUAACUUCCAAACCGCACACGAGAAACAAAGUUCCCAAAGUGUCGCAUUCUUAAAGCAACUUGAUGCAUUAUCGGACCAACUACAAGUUUUAGUAGCGUCUCUUUCCGUUGUCGAUCAAACGGAUGAGCAAGGACCAAAUUCUCAACAACCAUCAAAUUCACAACAACCCAACUUCGAUGUUAUUUCUGGAGACCCGGAUCCAUUCUUUACUGCGCAAUCACCUGCUGCUAAUCCUGCACAACCCAUCAAUUCGAAUUCGGAUCAAUUUAACUCUGGAAUUCCACCUGAGAACGAUUUUGGGGAAAAUCAAUAUAUUCCCACCCGUCACUUUUUAGUCCAACAUGCAUAUAGUGAACAUUGUUCAGAUGCCUGA